AUGCUCAUGGACUACGACUGCUUCCUCCAACGGCCUGACAUCUUCGACGAUUCCGUGCCAUAUCAAAACCCUCAAUCUUACUCUGAGUCUGCAUCGCAGGCUAACACUGGAUCUAUGUUAAUGGGGCACGACGUGAAGAACCCGAGUAAAGUUUCUGCGAUGGCAACCGUUUCGGAAUCACAGACUGCGGAGCUUCUUGCUUGCGCUUCAGGGCCCGAGGCAUUUACGGAGCAGAAAGCGAGCGACAAACUGUCCACUGAGCUGAAAUGGUUUCAGAAGAAGGCUCUGGCCAUGAUGGCUGAGAAAGAGUCAGGAAAACUGCAAGCCACCGAGUUCCCCUCUGUGUGGACCGAAAAAGUUAAUUGUGUCCUGAACAAGAGGUAUGGUUUUUUGCAGUUCUUUGCGCUCUCAGUUUAUUUUGUCUUACUCAUCGUUAGCAUGUUCGUCAACAACGUAACCUUGAAACCCACUUCCCAGCGGCCAGACCUUUGCCUUGGUGGUCUUUUAGCCGAUGAUAUGGGCCUCGGAAAGAGCCUUACCACUCUAGCCCUAAUUGCAGGAUCCCUCAGUGAUGAUUCCAGUAAUACUAGGAGAGGGUUAUCAACCAUUAUAGUAGCUCCACUGUCAACCCUCCCAAACUGGGAAAAUCAGAUCCGAAAGUAUGGUUGA